AUGAUGGAGGAUGAGGAAGAUUAUGGAAUUAGUGAAGAGGAGCAGCAGGAAGAGUACUAUUACGCCGAUGAUGGUGACUCGCUUGACGGCCUUGUUGAUAAUGACGAUUCUGCUUUACAGCGGGCUCCACCUAAGGGUUCAACUACUAAGGUGAUAACAAAAGAGUCCCUCUUGGCUGCACAGAGGGAAGAUUUGCGGAGAGUCAUGGAGUUGCUAUCACUAAAAGAACACCAUGCACGGACUUUGUUGAUCCAUUAUCGUUGGGAUGUUGAAAAGCUACUUGCAGUGCUAGUGGAGAAAGGGAAAUCCUGCUUGUUUACUCAAGCAGGUGUUACUGUGGUUGAAAAUCUUGACAAUGACGUGCCGCUGACUUCAUCUUCUACAAUAACUUGUGAUAUAUGCAUAGAGGAUGUAUCUGGUGAUCAGGCCACAAGAAUGGAAUGCGGCCAUUGUUUCUGCAAUGAUUGUUGGACAGAACACUUUAUUAUAAAAAUAAAUGAGGGUCAGAGCAGGCGCAUCCGGUGCAUGGCACACAGAUGCAGUGCUAUUUGUGAUGAAGCCAUUGUCAGGAAUUUAGUUAGUAGAAGGCAUCCUGAUUUGGCAGAGAAAUUCGACCGUUUUCUUCUUGAGUCAUAUAUUGAGGACAAUAAAAUGGUCAAAUGGUGCCCAAGCAUUCCUCAUUGUGGGAAUGCUAUACGAGUUGAGGAUGAUGAGUUUUGUGAGGUAGAAUGUUCAUGUGGCCUACAGUUUUGUUUUAGUUGCUUAUCAGAAGCGCACUCACCUUGUUCAUGCUUAAUGUGGGAGCGCUGGAGCAAGAAGUGCCGAGAUGAAUCUGAAACUGUUAACUGGAUCACGGUUCAUACAAAGCCUUGUCCAAAGUGUCACAAACCGGUUGAGAAGAAUGGUGGCUGCAACCUCGUGAGUUGUAUCUGUGGGCAGUCAUUUUGUUGGAUGUGUGGUGGAGCCACUGGUAGAGACCACACUUGGUCAAGAAUAGCGGGUCACAGUUGUGGUCGCUACAAAGAAGACAAAGAGAAACAAACUGAAAGGGCGAAACGGGAUCUCUAUAGAUACAUGCACUAUCAUAACCGAUUCAAAGCUCAUACAGAUUCCUUUAAGCUUGAAAGUAAACUGAAGGAGUCAAUCCUAGACAAGGUGUCGGUUGCAGAAGAGAGGGAAUUGAGACUCAAAGAUUUCAGCUGGGUAACUAAUGGACUCAACAGACUUUUCAGAUCAAGACGGGUUCUUUCUUAUUCGUACCCGUUUGCAUUUUACAUGUUUGGUGAAGAGUUUUUUAAGGAUGAGAUGACAGACGAGGAAAGGGAAAUCAAACAGAAUCUAUUUGAGGAUCAGCAACAGCAGCUUGAGUCAAAUGUUGAGAAACUCUCCAUGUCUCUGGAGGAGCCUUUUCAGCUGUUCAAUCAGGAUAAAGUUAUGGAGAUAAGGAUGCAUGUCAUCAAUCUGUCCGUAAUCAUUGAUAACCUCUGUCAGAAAAUGUACGAAUGCAUUGAGAGUGAUUUGUUGGGUUCUCUCCAUCUAGGCACCCAUCAUAUAGCUCCUUACAAGUCGAAGGGCAUUGAAAGGGCGUCAGAACUUUCCUCUUGUUGGAACACCAAACUCGGUUCUACAGAUGAAUAUCUACCUAGCGGUGGGACAUCAGAACGUGACAGACCUUCUGGUUCUGGGAGUUCAGAUGAUAGUGGUAGCUCUCCUCGAAAGCGUGCUAGAAAGGAGGGUGAUAGCUUUUUUGAUCUGAACUUGCCAGCAGAGAUUGUAGACAGAAACUGA